AUGUACCUUCAGAGCAGCGAAGUGGAUGACGCUGUCGAUGUCGGGGUGGGCCUCGAAGACCUUGUCGAAAGCGGCCUCGUCGGUGACAUCCAGGUGGGCGAACUCGGCCUUCUUGCCGGAGAUCAACUCAAUGCGCUUCAGAGCCUCGUCGGAGGAGUUGUACAGGUUGUCAGCGACGACGACCUUGUAACCGGCCUCGAGCAGAGCGAGGGUGGUGAAAGAGCCAAUGUAGCCCGUGCCACUAGAGGAUUGCGGGGUUAG